AUGGUUUCAUCGCCUCACAUUAUCCUAAACUUGCUCUUUACACCUGUGCGCAAAUAUCUUCCCACCGACAAACAUAUCGGCAGUCCAUUACAGGCAAUCUCCACAAUUCCUAAAACAUUAACAUUUCUUGCAUAUUUUAUUGAUCUGUCACACAUCAUUUCAUAUAUUUCUAUCAAAUCAAUAAAUGCGUGUUUUUUAGACUUAGCAAUGUGGUGUUCGUCGUUUCUUGCACUCCGAACCUAUAACAAAAAGCUUAGAGCCACUCCUUUGGACAGACCUGCACCGCCAAGGAAUGUGAUAUGCAUGUGCUGCGAUACGAAUAUAGAUCCUGUGUAUGUGAAACGGUAUAAAGCGCUUACCAUUUGUUCGUUGCCUGUAGUUCCCGUUUUCUGUGGGUAUGUCGGACUUGUUUGUCCGAAUUGUUGCGCACUAGUUGGUGACAACACAGUGUGUUACUGCCAGGAAUGCAGAAGAAUAUUACAUAAUGAUGCCUCAUUUUGCACAUAUUGCAGCGGUACAUGCAUGUUGUGA